AAAAGAUUCCCCUGCCGUCGACUUGCAAGCAGCAUCCACCCGACUCCUAUCCCGCUUGCACUCAAUUGCAUUGCGACCAAACGCCCGACAGCCAUCAUCCCGGUCUUCGACUGUUUUACAUUUCGAUCUUCGUCUCGUCUCGAGUCAAACGCAAACGCGUUGGGAGAGUUUGAAAAAGUCAGUCUGCCGCGUCUUGUCUGCGACUACUUCAAGCUGCCUGCUUCCCCUUUCGAGCUCACAGCAUCCCCCAUCAGUCGAUUUUCUGGUCUCUCGCCGUCAUCGGAACCAGCCACCUACACCACUUCUUCAUCAUCAUCGCCCUUCCAAAUCUCAUCCACUUAGUCCGUCAUCAUCACAAUGGCCACUGAACAGGACAAGACCAUUGCCGCUGUCCCUGCGGAGACUGCUGCACCUCCCGCGGAGACUCCUGCGGCCCCCGCGGUUGCCGCUGCCGAGACGCCGGUGGACAAGCCUGCGGAACAGAAUUCCGAGAAACCUGAGGAGAAGGCUGAGGAGAAGCCCGCUGACCCUGCCCCGGCACCCCUUGAGAGUCCUGUGGCGAAGCUCAAUGCUCGUCUCGCCGACAUCACCGCCGCGGCUGGCCACAGUGAGAUGUGGGGAGUCCAGCUGUCCGACAUCGAGCAUAUCCCCACCAUGGUCGUCCUGCAGAAGUUCCUGCGCGCCAACAACAACGAUGUCGCCGCCGCCGAGAAGCAGCUCACGUCGGCUCUGGAGUGGCGCAAGAAGAUGCAGCCUGGCUCUCUCGUGACCCAGUCCUUCGAGAAGAAGAAGUUCGAGGACCUUGGUUUCGUCACCAUCCACAAGGCCGAUGAUGGUAAGGAGACCAUCAUCACCUGGAACAUCUACGGUGCUGUCAAGGACAACAAGGCCACCUUUGGCAAUGUUGAGGAGUUCAUCAAGUGGCGCGCUGCCAUUAUGGAGCUGAGCGUCCAGAAGCUCAACCUGGCUGCUGUCACUGAGCCUAUUCCUGAGGGCGGCGAGGACCCUUACCAGAUGAUCCAGGUUCACGACUACCUGAGCGUCAGCUUCUUCCGCAUGGACCCAGCCGUCAAGGCCGCCAGCAAGGAGACCAUUGCCGUCUUCUCCAUGGCCUACCCGGAGCUGCUUGCCCACAAGUACUUUGUCAACGUCCCCGUCAUCAUGGGCUGGAUGUUCGGCGCCAUGAAGCUCUUCCUGGCCCCCGCCACCCUCCGCAAGUUCCACCCCAUGAGCUCGGGUACCACGCUUGCCACCGAGCUCAAGAGCAUCGUCUCCUCGCUGCCCAAGGAGUAUGGUGGUCAGGGACCUAGCGUCAAGGAGGGCCUCACCAUUGCCCUGGCUGACGUUGAGGAGAAGCCCGUCGAGGAGGCUGACGAGACCCCUGUGGAGGAGAGCAAGCCUGUUGAAGAGACGACGCUUGCCGACCGAACCAAGCCUGCAGAGGAGUCCAAGCCUGUCGAGGAGUCCAAGCCUGCCGAGGAGACUAAGCCCGCCGAAGAGGUGAAGCCUGCCGAGGAGGUGAAGCCCGCAACUGAGGAGGCCAAGACCGAGGUCAAGUCCACUUAAGCAUGCAAUUGAGGAGAGUUUGGGGAUUGAGAUGGGUAAUUAGAUGUGGACCAGAUGGAUGAUACUCGAUGCCUUAAUCCGUCUGCGGCAUGUUGGUGGAGAAGGCCGCAGGUAGUCCGGCCAGGGUGGUCUCGACUGGGUUUGCUAGUGGAACCAUGACCUGACCUGGAGCCUGGAGGCGACGUACGAAUCGGCAAUGAGCGUGUGCGUGUGUGUUUACACUGCAAAAACAAUACCCCCUUGAUUUCGCGUGCGCGCCCGCCGAGAAACAGGGCAGUAUGAAUCCCCGCUGCGGACGCAUUAUUGUCCUAGUUAGGUAGAUAUGAUGGAAUAGAUACUUUUUCUCGAG